CUUCACCUGGAUCGAUUGGUGAUGGCUGUGCCCGGCACGCUGCUCAGUGCCGUGGUUGAUUAGCGAUGUCUGCCGCGGCCCCGGAGGGGCCGUCUACGGCUGACCGUUUACCUACCUUCUGGGGUGUAUGCUGCGUCCAGCAAAGACUCAGAGGGGUAGCCAGGAGCUGCUUCUCUCCUGGUGCACGUUCACCCUCUCAGCGAGCAGGGGGCAGGCAGCGGUUGCCGUGGGCUCGGACCCACGCAGGGGCCCACCCGUGCCCUCACCCCACUCCCGCUCCCGUGGACAGGCAGGCCGCGGUGGGGAGCACUGGACGGGAAGAAGCGUGGCUGGAUGGGGCUCAUCACUCUGCUGUCUGGCACCCUCUGAGGCCGGAGGCGGCUGGAGUGUCUGCCCAGCACCAGCCGGCACUGUCCACCUCUCAGGUCCCUUCCCCUCCUCUGGCCCUGGGGCCAGCCUGCCGGAAUCCCCACCAUGCCUCCCUGGGACAGACCACAUGGCCCAGCCAUCCCUCAGGACGGGGCCCCUCCCCGACCCUCAGGCUUGGCCACUUGCUGAGCCCUCAGGGACACUGCAGCCCCCACCCCCUUCCUGGGAGUCCAAAGCCUGGUGGCACAGCUGGGGUGCUCCGCGUCCUCUGCCGCUGCAAGUGGGACCAGCCAGGCAGGGGCAUGCAGGAGGGCUUUCUGGAAGAGGAAGCUCCGGGCCCUUCCUUCCCCGUCCUCACCUGGCCCACCUGGCUCCCCCCCCACUCCUGGCUGGGCCUCUCCUUGAGGUUGUGGUACCGGGAGCUUUUCAAGCAUCGAGUACCCCCGGAGCCUCAGCAGGCUGGUGGGGCCAGGACAUUUCACCCCCAUGUUGCAGAUGAAGAGCCUGAGGCCCAGCGGGUGAGGGGACACAAGCCCACACGCUGGGACCACGCUCAGUGCUCUGAGCCCAGCUCUCCGCACCCCCCCCAACCCCCCGCACCAGCUCCGGGCCCCCUCUCAGCCUCGGCCCCACUGUCCGUGAGCAGGAGCCUCCCGCCCAGACGGCAGGUGCCCCAGGCCAGACACGGCCCUGGCCCUGCUCCAGAGGCGGCGUAGGAGGAGCUGGGGAGCCUGGCAAGCACUCCCCGACUAGUGAUUAAAUUGAGCUCAUGAAGGACGUAAGGCCUCCCCCAGGAAGGCUCCAGCACAUUCUUUCACUCCACAGCGUCCUGUCCCUUCCCUGCGCCACAGGUAAUCUGCGGGUUUCUCUCCCUACGGGACACCUGCCCUGCCCCCCGCCCCCCGCCCCCAGUCUUCUGGGUUAAGCCCUAUCUUUGAGCCUCCCCGGGACACGCACACAUGGUAGGCAGGGGAGCAGUGAGAAAGGCUCAGGGCUCAGGGGGCACAUCCUGGGCUCAGGCCUGGGGGCGGGAUUUCCCCCCUCGGUUCUGCCAGGGGUCUUGAGUGAGCCCCUCCCAGACUGGCCCCAGCUCCUCCAGUGGAUCCGCUGGGAACGCCAGAGGGACAAGUGUGUAUGGGGCCCCGGGCCACCAGGUGGCGCUGCUGGCCCGGGAGAGGCAGCCGAGGUGUCCACCACCCGCCGGACCGGGGCGGGCCAGCAGCGGCCCUCCGGAUUCACCUCUGCCACCUGACCUUCAGAGGGACGGCCCCAGAGUUGGCAACACUGGAAGGCUGCCUGGAGGGGCUGCAGCUUCCUGACCCAGCCGGGGAGAAGCUUGGCACUGAGUCGAGAAGCCCCUGGUCCCUCUGACUCGGGCACCUUCCAGGAAGCCCCUCGCCCCGGUCCCCGAUCUCCCUACCUAACACAGGGGAGGCUAGGCGAGGGGGCCACAGAGGGGACGGGGCGGCUGCCGAGCCAGCACCUCCCCACGCCCCCCCACAGGGAUAGGGCUGUGUCUCUAGGACACGCAGGAUGGGAGGCUCUGUGGGCCUGGCCCCCAUUCCCCAGACACGGCGUCCUCUCCCUGCUACACAGCCUGCAUCCCGCCUGUGAUUCAGGGGAGCUGAACCUCCUAAGACCAUACGUGGUCCCCAGGCCAGGAGCCUCAUUCACUAUCUCGUGAGUCCAGAGAGGGUCAGACAGCUGCCCUGAGUCACACAGCCUGGCAGUGGAGCCCGCUGUGUGGGCGGGAGAGAGAAACACACCCGAGGGCUGGGAUGUCCUGACAAGCAGUACUGUGCUUUUCCAACCGCAGCGUUGGCAAUGCCCCAAAGCCAGGCCGCGAGGAAGCGGGAGACGGACAGAUGAUUGCCAGGGGAGACUGGACUGGAUAUAAGUUACUCAGGGCUCCCCGGCCUCUCCAGUCAGGCGGAGGGGGACAGACCCCUGUCUACUGGACACAGGGAGACAGCACCCGGCAGCCCCCGGCCCGACAGCCAGGCUGGCACAGUCUCCGUCCGCCCACCACCCGUCCA